AUGUUGCACAGAGGACCGAGAGUCCUACUGCAACUCAUCAUCGGUUCAACCAUGAUCUUCGCCACUUUACUCGUCAUUAGACGGGGUUUUGGCGAGGACUUAUCUUCAACCGAUCUCUUCCGAUGGUCUGAGAACAAAAGCGAAGAUAUGAAGGACGAAAAUGUACAUUACGAGUUCCAGUCGCAACAAUACCCCAGCGGACUGCGAGUGGUCGUCUUUGGAGAGGACGAUGUAGCGACUCCCGCUUGGACACGGGGAGAGAAGGAGAUGCGGUCUCCCGGUUGGACGGAAGUUAUGUGUCGGGAGCUAAAAUGCUCCCACUACCUCUCCUUCAUACCUCCUAACAUCCACCCGCCGGCCCAUUCCCUCAUCUCGAACGAUAUCUACGUUGAAGCCGUCAGACAGACGAUCAAGAACACGACAAAACUGAAGAAGACCCAAGGUCCAGGCUACGAUUACACCUUUCAACCUCGACUGUUCCCCGUAUCCAAAGCGUUGCCGGACCUGAGCGCCCAAAUAACAACCUUCCUCGAGUUACAAAACUCAACUACCUUUCCCAAAGCAAAUGAAACGCUCUGGGUCUUCAACUUCGGCCAAUGGGAUAUCUGGUCCCUAGCCACUCUCCCCGUCGCUACCGGAAAGGCCGUCAUUGACCAGCUAACCGACCACGUCAUCGAGCAAAUAGAGCGUCUUUACGAGAGCACUCUACAGAAUAACACGACGGUUAUCUUGUCCAGCAACCCUAAACUUCUCCCGCGCAAGACCAAGACCAAGACCGGCCCAAUGAAGAUCAUCGACCCCGAAGUUUAUAAAGCCAAGUCCACCGCUGCAGCUGGCGUGGCUGUCUCCAACUUGGCAAAAGCAAAGACAGCCAAAGCUAAGCCUGAUACCUUCCGCGUAUUCUUCCCUGCGCUGUUCGACAUCUCCAUGACGCCCGGCUGGAGCUCCAACCGUCCGGAAACUCCAGCUCCGCAUUCGAAAGCCGAGCAGAUGCGCAAUGCCGCGAAGCUGACCGAGACGUGGAACCAGGUUAUGGGUGAUAAACUGUACAUUUGGGCGGAGAGGUCGGAUGAUAUCGGGUUGGAGGAUCUCUACCUUAACCCUGACGCGGACACAAAUGAAGUCGGGACACUUGAUGGUAGGAGUGCAAGCGUAAACAGUGUCGGGAAGCGAAACCCUACAGGUCUAGCGGAAGAAGGCAAGCCAGGAAGCGGGGAAAAUCGUCAACCAGAGCCGAAAAACGAAGCCCAAACAGCCGAAGCCCCCCAUCCCUACCUCACUUCGGCCCUGAUAGAAGGGCAACUGCGCAGCUCUGGGCUCAGCGAUGGGAAUGGACUGGGGCAGAAGCCGAUGAGUAAAUGGUAUAAGCAGGUGUGGGAACCUUGUGUUAAGCCGGUUAGGUCCGAAGAUGAGAUGGUGAUGGAUUUGGAGGAGGAGGGUGUUUUGCAGCUGUCGAGUUCAAAUUCGUCGGAGACUACGGAGGAAAGUCGGGUUGGUCAGGGUGUGAAGGCUGGUGCUGCUGCUGGUGGUGGUGGUGGUGCUCGUGAUCAGAAAAAGGCAGCUGGUCAGGGUAAGGCAGCUGGUCAGGAUCAGGGUCAAGGUAGUGGUAACGCAGCUGGUCAUAACAAAUCAGGUGGUCAAGGCAAGGCAGCAUGGGUAGGAGCAGGCAAGAGGAUCAAGAGAAAUGUAGAGGCUGAGAAGGGGGAAGAGACAGUGACGGUCUGUAACUUCCCGGAUGAUUACCUUUUCUAUACCCCUUUUACUUUGGGGGGAAGAGCCAUUAGGGAGAUUGCAAAGGAGGCGGUGGACAAGGUAAGGAGGGGAGAAUCGUUUAGGCAGAUGGAGGGGACGGAGGAGGGGCUUUGGGCUGGUGUGACAGGCCAUAUCUAA